AACAGUUGAUGCCUGAUUUGUGAUUCAUCUGGAUAGCUGUGUAGAAGGAUACAGAAAGAUAACAAGAGUUUUACGACUACUGAGAAUUUAUCCAUAACAGCAAAAGUCAUGCAGACCGACUCUUACAUCAUCCAGGUAAAUGGCUCAGCAGCCCAUCCAAAAGUCCUUGAUGUCCUCGUAAAUAUUCAAGGAACAAACACCGUAGAAAAGUUCAAGAACAGGAAGCCAAGAUGGGCAGUGAGGGCAUCAGACAUGUCAAAGAAAACCUUCAAUCCAAUCAGGGCCAUUGUGGACACCAUGACUGCUAAACCCAACCCUGCCAAACAGAUGAUUGCUUUGUCUAUAGGUGAUCCCACCAUAUUUGGAAAUCUUCCCACUGAUGAUGAAGUCACCAGAGCAAUGAAAGAAGCUAUUGACUCACAGAAAUAUAAUGGUUAUGCUCCAAGUAUAGGUUACCAGUCAAGCCGGGAAGUAAUUGCAAAGUAUUACACCUGUCCAGAAGCUCCAUUGGAAGCCAAGGAUAUUAUCCUUACAAGCGGCUGCAGUCAGGCUAUUGAACUUGCUUUGGCUGUCUUAGCCAACCCAGGUCAGAACAUCUUGGUUCCACGUCCAGGAUUCUCUCUUUACAAGACUUUGGCGCUGUCUCUGGGGAUUGAAGUAAAAUUAUACAACUUAAUGCCCGAGAAAUCUUGGGAAAUUGAUCUGAAACAUAUGGAAUCUAUAGUAGAUGAUAAAACUGCAUGUAUCAUCAUCAAUAAUCCAUCAAAUCCAUGUGGAUCAGUUUUCAAUAAGAAACAUUUACAGAAAAUUCUAGCAGUGGCAUCCAGGCAGUGUGUACCAAUACUAGCUGAUGAGAUUUACGGAGAAAUGGUCUUUGAAGAAGGAACGUUCCAGUAUUUAGCCCCCCUGAGCACAAAUGUCCCCAUUCUGUCAUGUGGUGGUCUUGCUAAGCGCUGGCUGGUACCAGGUUGGAGAUUGGGGUGGAUUCAAAUCCAUGAUCGGAAGGGAAUUUUUGGAAAGGAGAUCAGGGAAGGCCUUGUGAAACUGAGUCAGAGGAUUCUUGGACCUUGUACAAUUGUUCAGGGGGCCCUGGAACACAUACUCAAUCGGACACCACGGGAAUUCUAUGUGAACACCGUCAACUUUAUCAAGUCUAAUGCUGACCUGUGCUACAAUGCUCUCAGCUCUGUCCCUGGACUCUGCCCUGUUCGGCCAGCUGGGGCUAUGUAUCUAAUGGUUGGUAUUGAGAUGGAACACUUUCCUGAGUUUGAAAGUGAUGUGGAUUUCACUGAAAAAAUGAUCUCUGAGCAGUCAGUCUUCUGUCUCCCAGCUAAAUGUUUUGAAUAUCCAAACUACUUCAGAAUUGUCCUUACAGUUCCAGAGGAAAUGAUGCUUGAAGCCUGUAGUCGUAUGAGUGAAUUCUGCAAACAACAUUAUCAGGGUGGGGAAGGGUCUCAGGACCUAGAAUGUGAUAAAUGAAUCGUCCAUACUCUGUAAUAUUGUAAAUAGUGACUCCACUACAGUAGCCCAAGCUACUCCACUACAGUAGCCCAAGUAGCUCAAAAGUUUGCAUACCCUUGGAGAAUUGGUAGUAUAUGUACCACUUUUAAAGAAAACAUGAGUGAGCAGGCAAACACAUUUCUUUUAUUUCUUAUGGGAUUCAUAUUCAACUGUAGGUCAUAACAAAAUGGCAGAAUCAUAAAACAAAACAUUGCAACAUUUGAAAAAAAAAAUUACCCCUAUUCAAAAGUCUGCAUACCCUUAGUUCUUAAUAAUGUGUAUUAGCAUCAAUGACAGCGUGCAGUCUUUUGUAAUAGUUGUCAAUGAGGCCCCGAAUUCUUGCUGGGUGUAUAGCUGCCCCUUCGUCUUGACAAAAUGCCUCCAGGUUAUGAAAAGUCAUUGGUUGUCUUGCAUGAACCACACGUUUGAGAUUAAAGGGACAGUCUAGUAUAAAUUAAACUUUCAUUAUUCAGAUAGGACUUUUAAUUUUAAUCAACUUUCCAAUUUACUUGUAUCAUCAAAUUUGCUUUUUUCUCUUGGUAUUCUUAGUUUAAACAUAGGUAGGCUCAUAUGCUAAUUUCUAAGCCUUUGAGGGCUGCCUCUUAUUACAUGCUUUUUAAAUCUCUUUUCAACACAAAGAGACAGAAAGUACACGUGGGCCAUAUAGAUUACACUGUGUUCAGGCACAGAAAGUUAUUUAAGAUCUAGCACAAAACAAUGCUACAUUUAAGACAAUAGAUAAUAAACAGUCACAGUCAUGUGAUCAGGGGGCUGGAAGAAGGUUCCUAAAUACAAGGUAAUCACAGAGGUAAAAAGUAUAUUAAUAUAACUGUGUUGGUUAUGCAAAACUGGGGAAUGGGUAAUAAAGGGAUUAUCUAUCUUUUAAAACAAUAACAGUUCUAUGGUAGACUGUCCCUUUAAGGUCAGGAGACUGUGAUGGCCUCUCCAGAACCUUUACCUUUUUCUGCUGUAACCACUGGACGGUCAACUUGGCCUUGUGCUUAGCGUCAUUGUCAUGCUGGAAAGUCCAAGAGUGUCCCAUGCGCAGUUUUCGUGCCGAAUAAUACAAAUUGUAUUCAAGUAUUUUCUGAUAACAUGCUGCAUUCAUCUUGCCAUCAAUUUUUACAAGAUUCCCUGUGCCUUUAGAGUUCACCCCCCCACCCAAAAUAUCAUUGAGCCACCACCAUGCUUCAUAGUGGAGAUGGUAUUCUUUUCGCUAUAGGCCUUGUUGACCCCUCUCCAAACAUUCAGCUUAUGGUUGUGACCAUAAAGCUCUAUUUUGGUCUUGUCACUCCAAAUUACAGUGUGCCAGAGGCUGAGAGGCGUGUCAAAGUGUUGUAAAAACCCAUUUGCAAUAUUGUAAAAAAAAAAUGUUGGCAUUGGCUCAGUAAAGGCUUCUUACUGGCAACUUGAUCAUGCAGCUAAUUUUUGUUCAAGUAUUGUUGUAUUGUGCUCCUUGAAACAACCACACCGUCUUUUUCAAGAGCAGCCUGUAUUUCUCCUGAGGUUACCUGUGGGUUUUUUGUUGUAUCCCGAACAAUUCUUCUGGCAGAAUUUUCCACUUGUUAAUAAGUGAACAGUACUGAUUGGCAUUUUCAUGGCUUUUGAUAUCUUUGUAUAUCCUUUUCCAUCUUUAUAAAGUUCCAUUACCUUGUUACGCAGGUCUUUAGACAGUUCUUUUCUCCUCAACAUGUCUUAGCAUCUCAGUGCAUGCACGUGAGAGCUAACAAACUCAUUGACUAUUUACACACAAACACUAAUUGCAAUUGAAAAAGCCACAGAUAUGGGAAAUGAACCUUUAAUUGCCCCUUGUGUGUUUGUAACAAGGCCAAACAUUUUAGGGUCAUUUGAUCAGGGCCAUUUGGGAGAUUUCUUAAAAAAAAGAGCCAAACAACUAUGAGAUAAUAAAUGGCUUCAUAUGAUCACUAUCCUUAAAUAAAAGACAGUUUUUUGGCAUGAUCAGUCAUAUUUUCAAAAUUAAUGCCAAAAUUUCACGAUUUCUGCCAGGGUAUGCCAACCUUUGAGCAAAACUGUAUGUAGGAUAUGUUUAUUUGAUCAAUAUUUUUAUUCAGAACUCAAUUUCAUGUUAUAUGUUUUAACUAUUAUAUUUGAAUUCAGACCAAAAUAUUGGUAUAAAGCAAGUUGAAACUCCAUAGCGUGUAGUUAAGGCUUAAACUCCACCAAUUAUUUUAAAAAAUUUUUUAAGUAUUUAAUGACUUAUGUUUGUAUUUAUCAAGAUUACUCAGUGUUCAGACUUCUUAAAACUGAAUUUCAAGUUUUAGGUUUCAACAAAAAUACAAAUAAUUACCAUAAAGUCCAUCAGUUUAAUUUAGAUAAUACUCCAUAAGUGUGAGGUAUUGUAUCAUUUCUAAGGUUUUAUUUACAGUCAUUUUUAUGACAUAACCAGGCUGUAAGUAGGAGACAUUCUGUUAACUAAUAGUGCUUCUCUAUGGUUUUUCUAUCCACUGAAUCUUAAAGGGACAUGAAACCCAAUUUUUUUCUUUCAUGAUUCAGAUAGAGAAUACCAUUUUAAACAACUUUCUAAUUUACUUAUAUAAUCUAAUUUGCUUCAUUCUCUUGAUAUUCUUUCCUGAAAACCAUAUCUAGAUAUGCUCAGUAGCUUCUGAUUGGUGGCUGCACGUAUUAGCCUCAUGUGAUUGGCUCACCAAUGUGCAUUGCUAUUUCUUUAACAAAAGAUAUCUAAAGAAUGAAGCAAAUUAGAUAAUAGAAGUAAAUUGGGAUGUUGUUUAAAAUUGUAUUCUCUGUCUGACUCAUGAAAGAAAAUGUUUGGGUUUAAUGUCCCUUUAAACAUGGUACACAUUAUUCAGUAUAAAUUAUUUCCAGUGUACCUAAUUUAUUUUUUGUUAAAAAAAAAAUAAUAAUAAAAAAAAAUAAAAUAUAUAUAUAUAUAUAUAUAUUCCUCACAUUUAAAAGCAAGUAAAAUAAGGGGGGGGGGGUCAAAUUAUUUGUAUUUUCUAACAAUUUGCAGUUACAGGCAGAUAACAUUGGAUAUCUUUAAAUCAAUCUUAUUCAGAUUUAAAUGUACUAUUCAGUUUCUGCAGUUCAGCUCCUCUCCCUCUCUAAUGUGCAGUUUUUCGGUGGGUUUUUUGAUAGUUAUUUACUUUGCAUAUAAACACAAUGCCUUGAAUUUUAACAUUAUCAAGAGAUAACUUGCUUUGUUCUGUAAUGCUUCUGAAGCUUAAGUAUGCAGUGUUAGAAACAUCUUGUUUUAAAAUGCUCUUGAAUUAAUUUGAGUCCCAGAGAUAAAAUUAUUGCAAUGUUAAAUAUGCACAUUUUAUUCUGCAAUUUGAAUUUUGAUAUAUUGAUAGUAGUCGACUCGGAUUUCCAUUGUCAGAUAUUUUUUUGUCUCACGAAGUACCUAUAAAUCAUUUAUUUGCAUAUAAUAUUAUAUAUGAUGCAAUAUUUCAAACUUCUGUUUCUGUAAUGUCCUUUAAAUGCAUGCAUUUCAUAUCUUAUAUUAUUCUAAUGUAUAUUAGUAAGUUAUUGUAUUUUUUUUAAGAAUAAACAUUCUAAAACUUU